AUGACCCAUGGCCGUCCUCCGAUACAACACACCUGGCCUCUUAAUAAAUGUCUCUCAAAGAUAGACAUAUCCGAUCCGUAUACCUUUCUCGCAGUGAAGAGAGGGAUUCUACAGUACGCAUGGCUAAAACCGAUUCUUGCAUUGGUUACCAUCAUUCUUAAAGCAACUGGAACCUUCCAGGAGGGCUACAUUGGCCUAUCCUCCGGAUACCUGUGGGUUGGGAUUAUCUACAAUCUCAGCGUCACAAUCAGUUUAUAUUCUCUGGCGUUGUUUUGGAUCAUUAUGAAUGACGAUCUCAAGCCUUACAGGCCAGUCCCGAAAUUCCUGAGUGUCAAACUCAUCAUAUUCGCGUCCUAUUGGCAAGGGUUCUUUCUUUCUAUCCUUCAGUUUCUAGGAGCAAUUCCUUCUGGACCCGAAGGGUACUCCCCGAACAACAUGGCAGCUGCAAUUCAGGAUUUAUUGAUUUGCUGCGAGAUGCCAAUCUUUGCACUUAUGCACUGGUAUGCAUUCUCAUGGCAUGACUACGCAAAUGCGUCAAUCUCCUCCGCUCGAAUGCCGGUAAAAUACGCGAUUCGCGAUGCAUUCGGAGUAAAGGAUCUCAUUGAGGAUACCAAGGAAACUUUCCGGGGUGAAAAGUACCAGUAUCGAUUUUUUGAUUCAGAAACGAACGUCAUUGCCCACGAGGAAUCCCGAUCACGGAUGGCUCGCGUGAUGGACGGCAUGCGAUACGAAAGAGGAGGAAAGGCAAAGUAUUGGAUCCCCAAGCCUAAAGAGGCGAAUAGCCGCACACCACUAUUGGGACCUGAAUCGUCAUCCCGGAGGACAUCCCAUGCCAGUUCGAGCCGUAUAAGGGACGAAGGCCAGCGAACGUAUGACAUCGAGGAGCCUACUCUCAACGAGGAUGAUGAAAUCUGCUUUGAGAAUGCGCGUAAACUAGAAUUUGGCGACUGGAAUUACCCCGUCAUAACAACAAACGAAGUAUACAGAGAACAGGUGUGGCACUCUCGUGCAUCCAUGUACUCGAGCCGACAAGGAUCAAGUGAAGGAAAUCAGAUAAGACGGCCUGGCAACCGCCAAAGCAAACGUCAGCGUUCUGCAGAAGGGCAGUCCGGCUCAGCAUAUAGUAACGUCAAGGCAGACAAGGGCAAGCAGCCGGCCGCUCUAACCAGAGGGACAAGCCGGAUGAGCCAAUUGAGCAGCUCUUCCCGCCAGCUUGCAGACUUGGUCGAUGAUGCAGACGAGACCGCAACUCAGGGAAGGCAAAAGAAAAAAAAGAGAGAGAGCGAGAGCGAAAGAGAGAGAUCCCUUGAAUUGGAGAAAUAUGUUGCCACUAACAUCAAGGCACCAGGAACACUACACACCACGCUAGCAAAGCAUCGCAGCUCCAACCAGAGCAAAGCGAAGCCCUUGACUAUUCUAAUUAUAAUACUGAUCACGACACGCAUGAUCACACCAGCGGCUUCCAACAUGACGGAUCCAGGCCGGGACCAGAGGGGUACAGCGGUGUCUUUGACGAUGAACAUGACGCCUGGAACACCUCUGGUGCGACCAGAUAACUAG